AUGACUUCCCUUUGCCAAUCGCCACUCGUGAAAGUAUGGUUGGGUGAUAAUGCUGAUCACUACUAUGUCCUCUCUAGAUUUUUGCUUAGUAGAAUGUUGACUGUUACUAAGAUUCCUAAUCAUGUUGCUCUAAAAAUUUCCCUUGAACUCAAGAAGCUGCGCAUAUAUAAUAGCCUUCUGGACGUUGCACCUUUGACAUCUUCACCUAUUUGGGCAUGUGAAUUUAGCUCAUCAGAGGAGCUAAUUACUGAAUUUUGUAGAGAAUGCAGAAUCGUUCAAAAAGCUGGUGAUUUAAAGAAAGCAAUGAAAGAUGGGAAGCCGAUCAUCAUUGAGGGGAUGCAUGUGGAUCCUAGUAUAUAUUUAAUGGAUGAAGAGAACAAAUCACCACAUAAGGCUUCAAAAACAGAUGAAAAUGACUUAAAAGACACAGAAAAUAAUGCUGAAAUUUCCAAAACAUAA